AGAGACAUGCAGCCCUGGAAAAUGACUGCCAUCAGCUGAUCGUAAGCUUUGGUAGUGUUUUUGAAUUUUUGACUGAAUUAGAUCGUCAUUCUUGACUUAUGGCGAUGAAAGGAGUUGUCAAACCUAAUCAAGCUUAUGUAGGCAACAUCGACCACAAAGAUAUCAAAUACGGUCAGAUUAUCGGUAAGGGCUCGUUUGGUGUCGUCCACAAAGCUUUUUGGAAAGACAUCAAUGUCGCAGUUAAAAGAAUUGAAACAGAAGCAGAAAAGAAAGCUUUUACUAUCGAAAUUAAACAUCUCCUGCGGGUAAACCAUGAAAACAUAAUAAAAUUGUAUGGAGUCCCUACUCAAGAACCUGUCUGUAUAGUUAUGGAGUAUGCUGAAGGUGGUUCACUAUAUAAUGUUUUACAUUCCCAAACCAAAAUCAGUUACACCGCUGGUCAUGCAAUGAAUUGGGCUUUACAGUGUGCCAGAGGAGUAGCUUACCUUCAUGGAAUGAAUCCUCCUAUUAUUCAUAGAGACUUGAAACCUCCUAAUUUACUUCUGUUCGACAAAGGGACAGUUCUUAAGAUAUGUGAUUUUGGAACAGCUUGCUAUAAAAAGACUUAUAUGACAAAUAACAAAGGGAGCGCCGCAUGGAUGGCUCCAGAAGUUUUCGAAGGGUCAAAAUACGCAGAAAAAUGUGAUGUCUACAGUUGGGGAAUAAUAUUAUGGGAGAUAUUGAGUAGAGAGAGGCCUUAUACCAAUUUAUCCGGAACUGUCUAUACAAUUAUGUGGUAUGUUCAUCUUGGCCAUCGUCCUCCUCUUCUUAUCAACUGUCCGCCACCUAUCGAAAGUCUUUAUACAAGGUGUUGGGAUAAGAACCCAGAAGUCCGCCCGUCGAUGAAAGAAGUAGUCACUAUAAUGGAAGAUUUAUUGCCAUUCUUUAGUGGAUAUGAUGCUCCAUUGGAUACUGACUACGAUUCAACCUGCAGUGAGGAAGAGAUUGCGGACACUAAUGAUUAUUUUGAUGAAGAAUAUAUCGAAAGUUUACAUGCCAAGCCGAAUGGACAUGACUCAGGGCCAAUUCCCUGCGAUCCUAGGUUAAGUCAACCACUUAGUGUUAUUGUCGAUGGCAACGAUACAGUUUGUGGAGAGUCGUAUGGCCGUGAUGAAAAUAAGACUGAUGAAACAGAUAAUAAGAAAAUUGGAAGGCCUGCUUCACACCCUGUCGCACCAUUGGGACGACCUCCAGUUAUUCCCCGUCCAAAAACAACAGGUGAUUUGUGCGACCGUGAAUUGGGAACAGAAGUUUACGAAAUGUUAGACCCACAACUUCGACCGGUUAGUCCCGAUCAGACAAAUGAACAUUCUGUUGCAAUUUUUAAGGAUCAUGUUAAAAUGGCAAAGGAAUAUUUAAAAGUACAGACUGAAAUGGCCUACAUCAAGAGAAAUAUAGAAAAGUUAAGCGAUCGGUUGUCCACAGAAUCUCAACAAAAUGACAUUCAUAACCUUGAAAUGGAAAAGAAAGAAUUAGAACAACUUCAAGACUUGAUGAAGCAACAGCUUGCAAUUAAGAAUGCCCAGAGAGGUUGCAGUUCAAGGGAUGCAUCCCAACCCCAUCCGUCGUAUCCUACAUAGAAGAAACAACAUGCUUCUUGAUUAUUCUCUACAGGCGAAUGAGACUAUUCUGCUAAGAUUACACUAUUGGAGAUGGGAAGGGAAAGAGGGGGGGGGGAA